AUGAAAAACAUCCUCGUUCAUGAAGGAAAGAUGAUGAUUGCCUAUUCGAUUCCAAAUAAUAUCGAUAGUAUACAUCAAUCGGGUCGAAAAUACAAUAUCGACAAAAUGUAUGAUAUAUUGCCUUACACAGCGCCAGAAGUUUUACGUACUAAAAAAUACACAUGCGAGGCAGACGUAUACUCAUUUGGUAUUGUCAUAUAUGAAAUAAUAACCGGCCUGUCACCAUACUACAAUAUUCCGCACGACGUUGAUUUAGAAUCUAAAAUUAUUAACGGCUUAAGACCAAAACUUCCAAGCUACGUACCGAAAUCAAUAAUGCAAAUAAUUAGUCAAUGUUGGGAUGCAGUACCUGAUAGACGGCCAAAUUUCAAGGAAUUAAAGGACAAAUCAAAUAAUUUGUAUUCAUUGGAUAAAAUAUCGCUAUGUGUCAAAGACAAUUGCAUAGAAUCCAUGGUAGUAUCUUUCUGCCAGGAACAGUGCAAUUGUAAACGUGCUAGGUCCAUGCCACAUGCAUUUCCACCUACACCAUUACGUCCUUCCUGUGUCACACCAUUUAUCAAAUACAGACAAACCGGAACUAAGCAUUAG